AAAGCUUUGAUUUUUCUCGGAGGUCGGAACAAAAGCGGUUCCGAGGACAACGUUUGCGUCCGCUCACAGUUAAAUCUUCUCUUCUUCGCAAGGAAAAAACUGGCGAACAUUCGUUAGGAUUUCGCCUCCGCUCGCCCACGGGAAUCGUCCAAGCUUAUCACCGAGAAAGUUUUGAUCUUUCCGUUCUUCUCUGCCAUAAAUCGGCUUCUUCGAGCAAAUCCUUGAGAUUUUUCAGAGACCCACAUGAUGAGCUGCGCCUGCUGUUGUAGUUGCAGACCCUUGAUUGUGCCCAAAUCAUCCGUAGAUUGCGGGAGUUCGCAAGCCCGUCGAAAUGCCGUCUGUGUAAUUUCACCUCAUGGUGCGACGGCGAGGGGCAAGAGGUCUAGGUUCGUUGGCGUGAGAGCUUCAACGGUGGAUUCGUAUGAGAGCUCCUCUGAUUUCGUUAAGCGUAUGGAGCAGGCCUGGUUGAUUUCUCAGCAACCUAGGCCGGUAGCUUGUUCCUCUUGCAACUCGAAGGGGCAUGUAGAAUGCAAAUGGUGUGGAGGUACGGGUUUCUUCAUCCUUGGAGACAACAUGCUCUGCCAAGUCCCUUCAAGAAACACAAGCUGCGUCAUAUGUGCUGGAAAGGGUUCAACGUGCUGCUCAGACUGUAAGGGGACGGGGUUUCGAGCCAAGUGGUUGGGAGAGCCUACCACUUCGAAGUAGUGACGUACUACUUGGCGAAUGUACCAUGGCUUUGUAAACUACCUCAGCUUUACCAUUUUAGCUGUUCUCUUUUCCCUUUUCACAGUCUAAAAUCAGAGAGUUAGGACACAGUUUUGUUGUUUCAAGAGCACACCAUCCGUUUCAGGUUUCACAUGGAUGUGUAUCCUGUAAGAUAUCUUAUAAAAUCAGAUGUAUUAUUCUUUCUCA